AUGUCUCCAAGGCACAAAUCGUCUGCGCGCAACACGCGAAGUUCCAGCAUCGCGACGCGGAAGAGCUACAGACGGAAUGGACCUUCACAGCAUGGGAAAUAUUGGUAUCCGAUAUUCUUCGAGCGUCGCUUCUCUGGCGACGACCCGCUCGUAGAACAAUGCCGCAGAAUCUUCGUCGGCGAAGUUGAAGGCAAUGAGAACAGCCGGAACGACAAUCCGCAAGGCGGCGGGCAUAGUGACGAGAUCUACGGCGAAGAGGAGAAGACGACUGAGGAUAACAUAAUUACAGAUGACGCAAUGACAACCGCAGGUGUCACCAUCAGCAACACCAAUACAGCUACCAGUUUGCAGCGAUAUCGAGGAAAAGAGAUCAAGCUCUUGUUUGACAAACAGCUUAGCCACAUGUUCCUCAGUGACUGGGACGGAUCGAUCACUUCAUGGGAGGCAAAAGUCGUGAGGAACUUCUUCUCAUGUGAAGACAACAACAACGCAUUCGCCAAAGCUGACGACGCGGCAUGGGCUUGGUUGGACGAUCGCGAAUACUGCACUGGUAACAAAAGGAACCACGUAAGCAGAAUGGGCGCCAUCGAUCUAUGUGCUGCCUUGAGACAAGAACGUUUUGAUGUGCAUGAUGUUCCCGAUGUCGAUCGACGGUUGAUACACAUUGCAAUGGAAACGUCAAUUCGAGCGCAACCUUCGUCGUCUUCCGACUCAGUCUCUACGGCGCACGUUAUCGAAGAAGCCAAUGUUAGCGUUGUGGUAUGUGGGUGGAGUAACACUCAAUGGACUGGAUAUGCUUUCGCCAAUACCCGUGUCGAGGCGGAGGAAGAAGAAGAUACCGAUUCUGAGGAAGAGACCGAAGAUAUGCCUCAACAAGACUUUCUGGCAGCUGAAGACGGCCUGGACUAUGUCCUCAACGCAAACAAUCCAGAGUGGGAUGCGCGCAAAUAUUGGUUGAGAGUUCUCUCAGUUCGCUGCCAACUGGUGUGGAAAGAGUGGCAGUAUCUAGUCCGUACAGUGGAAGAUGCCAUCGACGCAUGGCUUGGCCGUAUACUGGAUCUUGAGGCUAACCGAUUGACCUUCGAGAGCAUUCAACUGAGCAGAGAAACCAACAAGCUGAAUGUGGAGAGCCACAAGUUGACAAUUAAGAGCAAUGAGCUGAACAUGGAGAGCCACAGAUUGAACAAAGAGAGCAACCAGCUCAAUCUGGAGAGCAACCUGCUUAACAAAGACAGCAACCGGAUCAAUAUGGACAAUCACGAUCUGAGUGAGCGGACGCACAAAUUGAACCAACGAACAAGUGUCCUUAGCGACAAGAUGCGCGAAAUUAACGAAUUGAGCAUGAAAGCAGCGCUGGCGAACCAAGCUGCUGCUGCGAAGACGAGCAAUAGCACACGUGUGAACGUCGAGAAUAGUCUCAUGGAAGAAGUCGAAUUGUCGAAGCGAAGAACCUCGACCUUCGUCUCCAGAGGAGCAAGGUAA